AUGGAAUCUAGACUAGAAGAUAUCAAAUUGAUUAUCAAGAAAUAUAGAGAGAAAUUUAAAUCAAAAGUUAUUGAAGUGAAAACAAAUCAAAUUGAAGAUUUUGAGAUGGAUCAGUUUGAGGAUGAGAUGAAGAAUUAUGUGGUGGAAGUCCAAGCUGUACUUGGACCUGGGUUCACUUGGUUACAAGCUAUGACUUAUAAAAAUUGGGACAGGGGGGUUAAGGUUAUCAUUCAUUUUCAAGUAUCAGAGUUUUUUGAAAAGAUUAAAGAGACUUAUGAUUCAAACCUCAAAUUAAAUGAUUUGACUGCACUUCAAUUCAGCCUUAGAAAUCAUUAUUGUAGCCAUCAUUCAGCUCUGUGA